UGUCGUAGAGUAGAUUAUCAAAAUAUAAAAUGUAGGCUUAUUCCUUAGUUUUUCUCAAAAGAUUCUUUGGUAACCUUAAAACUCAAAUCAGCUAUCACUUGACGUUUAACUGAAAAAUAUUCCCGCCAUGGCCAAUCGAAGUCUAACUCGCUGUUGUUUUUAACUAUUUCCAAUAGUUUUCAUCAACUUUUUCAUCCGAAAAGUGCAUUUAUUCGUGGUACAAGUCGAAAAUUAUGUCUUCUUUUCUGCGUUGUCUUAUGGCAGUCAACAUAAAGUAUUAAAAAACUAGCAAAAGCCCAUAGCAACAUGGCUCACCUUUCAAGAGUGAUAGUUUUAAUUGACAUGGACUGUUUUUAUUGCCAAGUGGAGGAAAAGUUGGAUCCCACCAUGGCAGGAAAGCCUAUAGCAGUUGUUCAGUACAAUCCAUGGAGAGGUGGAGGCAUUAUUGCUGUGAAUUACCCAGCUAGGGAUAAAGGCGUGACAAGGCAUAUGAGAGGAGAUGAAGCAAAAAGGAAGUGUCCAAACAUAGUAUUAGCACGAGUUCCGCAAGUGCGAGGAAAAGCUGAUAUAUCAAAGUACAGGGAAGCUGGUAACAAAGUAGCAGAAGUAUUGCAAACAUUUACAAACCUUCUUGAAAGAGCUUCUGUAGAUGAAGCUUACCUGGACAUUACAGAGGCAGUAGAAAAAAGAUUAAAUAACGAAUCACAUAAUAUUGAUGUGGAUAAAUUGAUAAACACUUUUGUGGUAGGAUAUGCUGAUACAAAGGAAUUUAUUAGGCUGGCUAACAACAAUGAGUUGUUUGAAAAUAAUGUCAAAUUAGCAGUAGGUGGUUUGAUUACUGAAGAAAUAAGAGCUGCUGUUCUUGAGAAAACAGGUUACAAAUGUUCUGCGGGUGUAGCUCACAAUAAAAUUUUAGCAAAGCUAGUCUGUGGCUUACACAAGCCAAAUAAACAAACCAUUCUGCCUCACGAUUCAGUUUCGAUUUUAUAUGAAAGCUUGCCUGUCACUAAAAUCAAAAGUUUGGGAGGGAAGUUUGGAAAAACACUUUCUGAGGAAUUAAACAUUACUUUUAUGAGCCAAUUAGCACACUUCAGUGAAAAGCAGUUAGCACAAAAGUUUGAUGACAAAACUGGGCGCUGGUUGUAUAAUAUAGCAAGGGGCAUUGAUAAUGAACCAGUAACCUUAAGAUUAAUAUCAAAAUCAAUUGGUUGUUGCAAACAAUUUCCUGGUCGAACGGCACUAACAGCGACUAGAGACGUCAAACAUUGGACCAGCGAACUUGCUAGUGAGCUGUCAGAAAGACUGGCUAAAGAUCAAGAAGAAAACAACAGAAAAGGAAAGCAGAUAGUUAUUAGUUUCGCACAGAAUGAUAUACAUAGCUCUAGGACCAUACCAUUGAAUUCUUAUGAACAGAGCAAGAUUGCAGAGUGUGCUCUAGCAGUUAUUGAUAAGUUCUGCCAAAGAUCUGAUGGAAGUUACAGUAUCAAUUUCCUGGGUAUGAGUGUUGGCAAUUUCCAAGAAAUAAAUCAAAAAUCAAGCAUCACAAAAUUUUUUUUGAACAUGAGUAAGAAACAGAAGAUUAGUGAUGAAAAAAACAUACAAGAUACUGAAAGUAUUACUGCUAUUCCGCAAAAGUGUUCAGAAGCAAAAGAAAUAUCUGCAUUGGAAGAGGAACCAAACAAUCAGACUGAAGAUGAUGCUUCAGACUUGUCCAUAUACUCAAGAACCACAGAGGAAAUGGAAAUGGACAGUGAUGAUCUAAUCUAUUAUGAGGAUAUUUGCCCAAAUUCAGUGUCAUCCGAACCAAUACAUUGUUUCACUAUCUCUUCUCAGUCCUCUGAAGAAAUGGAGAGCUCUAGGAGGUCCUCAAUGCAGUCAUUUUUUGCUAAAUACUUCGGUGAUAAAACUAAUGAAACACAAGAAGAGGAUCAGCAGGGUCAGACAGUAACUGUCAGAGGCCCACAGCCAGAAGAGGUAAGCAUAUACAUAUAAUAGUAUAUUUCAAUUAUUAUUACAUAUUUUCCGGAGGUAAUGAAGAUUAAUUAAUUUUUCUGCGGAAGCAGAUACAGUCUUUACAAAAGCUCUGAAUUUUAUUUUGUCUUUUAUGUUGUGCUGUAUAAUUCAUUUAUAUAUUAUAGUGCUUCCACAUUAUAAUUUACCAAUGAUUGAAGUCAUAUUUUUUUUUGAACCAAAACGAUAGGCAAAACUAAAAAUGGGAAAAUGGUAUUAAAAAAUGGCGUCGUCAAGUAGAUUCACUCUUCUCACGCCUUCGAAACAUUAGUACAAUUUUCCAUGUAGUUCAAUGGCUUCAAAAAGACGUGGGGUUUGUUAGAAACUUUAGUGCUCUAUUUGAGCUUAACAUAAAAAUCACUCAAAUUGCAUUUUUCAAAAAUAACCAGCAUCUUCUAAAUCAUCAAAAACCGAUUUGAUCGAUUUUAAUUUUUUCGUUUUCUUUUUUGCUUUUUCCUAAACCGCCACUGAACCGGAUUUCAAAAACUGCAAAGCUGUUUCGUCUUUGGCAUCCAAGUUAUAGAGUGAUGAAGAAUUAGCGAACAGACGACAGACAAACAGACGGAAAAGAGUCAUAUGGUUUUUCAUCAUGUACAUGUCAUAGAAGAUUUAAAAGACAUAAUAUCUCAUUUUCGAAAUCUUUCGCGAUUACAGCACUUCCUCCGCCAGUGAGGCGUGGAAGUAAAGUGGCAAUUAACGAGUUUAGUUUGGAAAUAUUCGCCAGAUGUUUUUACAGAACGCGCAUCUGAUUUGUAUUGAUCCUUGAGCUUUUCUUAAACAACUAAAUUGAGACUUCAGUUUGGGCUUAGCUAUCUGAAAUCGUUUUUCUUAGUUCAGUUUAGGAAAAAUUUUAAACUUGCAUUUUGAAGAGAAAAAUAUCUCAAAUUUGAAUAUGUGAAGUUUUGCUCACAUUGUGGCCCACUUAAUUUGUUUUUUAGAAAAUAGAAGUUCCUGAAGUAGAACGUCCUAUUCCAAUGCUAUCAUUUCGUCUGCCCCAAAACCUGAAUGAGGAAAAUAG